AUGGCCUCUCCCGCUCUGCUAGUGCGCACCGUCCGCACCAUCUACGAUGCGACUCGCCCCGCUCUCCGUAUCAACAAGGACACCAAGGUCAUCUGCCAGGGCUUCACUGGCAAGCAGGGUACCUUCCACAGCGAAGCUGCCAUUGCUUACGGCACUCAGAUGGUCGGUGGUGUCUCUCCCGGCAAGGGCGGACGUGAGCACCUUGAUCUGCCUGUCUUCAACAGCGUGAAGGAGGCCAAGGACGCCACCAAUGCUGAUGCCACUGUCAUCUAUGUUCCUCCUCCUUUUGCUGCUGCCGCCAUCUUCGAGGCCAUGGAGGCGGAAAUUCCUCUUGCCGUUUGCAUCACCGAGGGCAUUCCUCAAGCUGACAUGGUUCGCGUCAAGCACGCACUGGUCCGCCAAGACAAGACUCGCCUUAUUGGCCCCAACUGCCCCGGCAUCAUCAAGCCCGGCGAGUGCAAGAUUGGCAUCAUGCCCGGCCACAUUCACGUGCCCGGCAACAUUGGCAUUGUCUCCCGCUCGGGAACCCUCACUUAUGAGGCUGUUGGCCAGACUUCCGCCGUCGGCUUGGGCCAGUCCCUCUGCGUUGGCAUUGGUGGUGAUCCCUUCAACGGCACCAACUUUAUUGAUUGCCUCGAGGUCUUCCUCAACGACCCUGAGACCAAGGGUAUCAUCAUGAUUGGCGAGAUUGGUGGCUCUGCUGAAGAGGAGGCCGCCGAGUACCUCAAGCAGCACAACACUGUACGUCCCGUCGUUUCCUUCAUUGCUGGUCUGACCGCGCCCCCAGGCCGCCGCAUGGGCCAUGCUGGUGCCAUUAUUUCCGGUGGCAAGGGCGGUGCUGGCGCCAAGAUUGCUGCGCUCGAGGAUGCCGGCGUCAUCGUCUCCAAGUCUCCCGCGCAGAUGGGCGUGCUCAUGAAGCAGGAGAUGGAGAAGGCCGGCCUUGCUUAA